UGUCCCCACGGCGACCACUGGACGCCCCACCGAGUCACUCGACGCCCCACAGUGGCCUCACGGAGGUCAUCGGGGACCCCACGGCGACCGCCCGUCGCCCCCCGCCGUGCCCGGGACGGGUCGCAGCGGAGCCCGCGGCACCGGAUCUGCCUCCAUCCCGGGUGCCUCGAGAAUCGGGGUGGCGGUGAGUGCCGGCGGCACAGCACUCGCUGACCCAUCCAGCCGCUGUGGCCCCGCGGUGUGCCAGAGGGAACUCAGCGCCAGCAGGAUGUCCCAGCUGCCCCCGUUCACCCUCCGCGUCGCUGAGGACACCGAGAGCGAUGGCCAGGAACCAAGCCCGGACAAUGAAGGAGCCCUGCACACCUCCUUCCACCAGCUCAUCCAGGAGCAGAGCAGCUUGGUAGAGGCAGGUCUGGAGCUGGAGAUGCAGGCGAGGGGCAGAGAGCACCUGUCUGUCCUGGCACCCCCAGAUGCCUGUGCCGCAGCCUGUCCGGAGCCUGGGCAGGGUGAGCAGCACCCUGGCUACUUCACCACCCUGCGGAUCCUCGCCAGCAUGCCCAGCCGCACCAUCGGGCGCAGCCGUGGAGCCAUCAUCUCCCAGUACUACAACCGCACAGCCCGACUGCGGCGCCGGAGCAACCGCCCACCCCUGCAGCAGCUCUGCCGCACGGCACGGCCCAGCCUGCGCCAGUAUGACCUGGAGUCUGACCCCAUCAGGACCACGCUGGAAGAGAAGCGGAGCCUGCUGGUGAAGGAGCUGCUGAGCCUCUCGCCCAGCCAGCGCAGCCACAUGCUGCUCACUGUGCCUCUCAGCCUGGCAGAGAAACGCACCCUCCGGCAGGAGUUGAGUGGGCAAAGGGACCCCCUUAGACACCACCCCCGGCACCAGGCACUGUCCUCUCCCUGUGGAUGGUCCAAGGACUACAUCAUCAUUGGCUGCCGAGGCCUCUGGUACAGGCUUCUCUCCAUGCUCCCCGCCGUGCAGCCCUGGCACUACGCCCUGAAGCAGAUCAGCGGCCGCUUUGGCUCCAGUGUCCUCUCCUACUUCCUCUUCCUCAAGAUGCUCCUUAUGUUCAACAUCUUCUCAUUCCUCAUCAUCCUGAUCUUUGUGGUGGCCCUGCAGGCUGCAUAUCCCCCUGCCUCGGCCAGCCCCCAGCCCUUCACCGGCCUCGAGCUCCUCACAGGAGCGGGCUACUUCACUCACUCGCUGCUGUACUACGGCUACUACAGCAACAUCACCCUCAACGACCCCUGCGCCUCCAACCCCAAUGGCAGUGCCUGCCCCCUCGCAGCUCCGCGUCUUCCCUACAACAUGCCACUGGCCUACGUGUUCAGCAUUGGGGUCUCCUUCCUUGUCACCUGUGUCCUGCUGGUCUACAGCAUGUCGCGCUCCUUCGGGGAGAGCUACCGCGUGGGCAGCUCUGCAGGGGACCUGGCUGUCAAAGUCUUCUGUGCCUGGGACUUCAAGGUGAUCCAGAGGCGCUCAGUGAAGCUGCAGUGUGAGAACAUCUGCACCCAGCUGAAGGAGCUGCUUGCAGAGCAGCGGUCCCGUUCCUGCUCCCUUGGCCUCUGCCAGCGCCUGGGACGCUCUGCGGUGAUUCUGCUGGCCUGGGUCCUCUCCCUGAGCACAGUGCUGGGCUGCGUGCUGGCUGUGCACUACUUCUCAGAGCACAUGCACGUGGUUCAGCAGGACCACCAAGCACAGGGCAGCAGCAAAUGGCAGCAGGAAGGCAUCCUGCUGGUCCUGCCUCUUGUGGUGUCCCUCCUCAACACGCUUAUGCCCCACCUGUACAACUUGCUGGCGGUGUGGGAGAAGCAGGACUCCCCUGCGGCACAGAUCUACGUGGCGAUCUGCAGGAACCUCAUUCUGAAGAUGGUGGUGCUUGGCUUGCUCUGCUACCAGUGGCUCAGUCGGAUGGUCGUCUGCUCAACAGAGGAGUGCUGGGAGACGUGUGUGGGGCAGGAGCUGUAUCGCUUUGUGGUGUUGGAUUUCAUAUUCACCCUGCUGGACAUGCUCUUCGGAGAGCUGGUGUGGAGGGUCAUCUUGGAGAAGAGGCUGAAGAGGAAGCAGAAGCCCGAGUUUGACAUCGCCCGGAACGUGUUGGAGCUAAUUUAUGGGCAGACCCUGACCUGGCUGGGCGUUCUCUUUGCACCGCUCCUGCCUGCCGUGCAGAUGCUGAAGCUGCUGCUGCUGUUCUAUAUCAAAAAGACCAGCCUGAUGCAGAACUGCCAGUGCCCCAGCAAGCCCUGGCAAGCAUCUCACAUGAGCACCGUCUUCAUCACCCUGCUGUGCUUCCCAUCCUUCCUGGGUGCCGCUGUCUUCCUCUCCUACACCAUAUGGUCGGUGCGGCCGUCAGAAACCUGUGGUCCCUUCCAGGGACUGGAAACCAUUUACAAGUCAGGGAAGACCUGGCUGCAAGUGUUGGAGAAGUCCAACCCAAACAUCAUCUGGUUCACCUGGGUCCACCAGCACCUGGUGGAGAACACCUUCCUCCUGUUAUUCAUGUCUGGAGUCCUGCUAGCCGUGAUCUACUUCAACAUCCAGGUGAUGAGAGGCCAGCGGAGGAUCAUCUGCCUGCUGAAGGAGCAGAUUGCCAACGAGGGGGAAGAUAAAAUAUUCCUUAUUCGGAAGCUUCACUCCAUUUACGAGCAGAGAGAUGCACCUGAGCCCCAGGGUCACUCUCACGAGCAGGACAUGACAGGACUCUGCCUGCAGCUGGGGGCUGGAUCCAGAUGACAUCCUGAGCCAUCACACUGUGGUGUGGGAAGCAGCAGGGGAAGAUCUUCUCUGGGCUGCAGCAGCCAAGGACCUACGGGACACCAUCUGGGAGCUCUACAGGGAUGCUUCAGAGAAGGGAUGUGGGUGCUCCCAUUUUCCAGAGCCCACGGACUGCAACAGGCGCAGCAGGACAAGGGCCAGGACUGCUGUCAUGUUCCAGGGCGCAAUUCCACACAGAGCCAGCUCACCAGCAGAGCCCUUCUCCACAGGUGGUUACUGUUGGCAGAGAAAAAGUCUCCCUCCUGUAAAUGCCUCGGCCAGCCUGGAGAGCAGCUUUGGGCUGUUUCCAGAAGCCUUCAGGGAUGGUGAACUUUUCUGGCUGGACAGAACCUGCAGCCCCCAUUGCACUGCCCAGAGGCAGCACGUCUGCAGCCAGGAGCUGCCAGGCACUAACACAGCUCCAGCACCGUGCUUGGCUCACCAGGAGGACAGCAGGCAGCCACCACCUUCCCCACGAGGGCCAGCUGAGCCCCUCCCCAGGCCAGGUAGCCCUGCUGGUGGGGCAGGCUCAGGAAAACCACCAUGGUACAACAGGCUGGGCAGAGGAAUGCGAACGCUCGGCAUACCCUCCCCCAGGCUGACUGGCCCAUUAAAGCGUACCUGU